GCAGAGGGGGGGCCUUGGUGGUGCUUGGGGUCCAGUAAGAAGGGUAAUUUGGGGCGUCCAGAGUGAGGUGUUCCACCAGCAGUUGUCACUUCGGCAGUCGAUGGUGGGUGGAGUGGCACAUGUGCUGCUCUAAGCUGGACUGUCUUUCUAUUCAGGACUUUGUAUACCUCUGCAAUCUUUGACUUGGACUACUUUGGAACUAUUGACCUCAACAUUGUGUUUUUUUUCUGCUGUGUCAUAGAACUUCCAAAACAACUUUUUGGCACCUAAAAUCUUCGCCGGAGCUGCCCAGCUGAGGUGAAGGGGAGGGCAGAAGAUCCUAGUUCAGCUUGAGUGUGGAUGACCUGCCCCCAGAAACAGGACCAUGAUCUGAAAAGCGUGCUGUACACAGAGCCCCAGUCUUCCUUUCUUCCUUCUCCCUCUUUUUUUGUUUUUGUUAUUUUCAAUCUUGCUGGUGGAAGCCUCCCUGCCUGGGUGCUUCAAACAGGGUCAGUGUGUACACCGAGGGCAAACUGAAAGCGAAUAGAGAUUCAAAGAGGAGGAAAAGUAACAGCAGCCAUCCGUGACCUCACAUCUUGUCACUUUCCCCUAAUCCUCCCACUGCAACACCAGAACCAUGGGGAGGAAAAAGAUCCAGAUUCAGAGGAUCACUGACGAACGCAACAAACAGGUGACGUUCACCAAGAGGAAGUUUGGUUUGAUGAAGAAGGCCUACGAGCUGAGCGUCCUGUGCGACUGCGAGAUUGCUCUCAUCAUCUUUAACCACUCCAACAAGCUGUUCCAGUAUGCCAGCACUGACAUGGACAAGGUCUUGCUGAAGUACACCGAGUACAACGAGCCACACGAGAGCCGGACUAACGCUGACAUUAUCGAGGCUCUGAACAAGAAAGAGCACCGGGACUCUGAGAGCCCAGACCCCGAGGAGCCCUUCUCCCUCACCCCCCGCACUGAAGAGAAAUACAAAAAAAUUGACGAGGAGUUUGAUAAAAUGAUGCAGAACUAUAGGCUGUCAUCUACGGUUCCACAGCCCACCUUCUCCAUGCCAGUCACCGUGCCAGUAUCCAACCAGAACGCAGCAGCAGCGGCAGCCCUUCAGUUCAGUAACAACCCUUCCGGCGCCCUGGUCACCACCACCUCCUUUGUCACCUCCACCCUCACAGAUCCCCGGCUCCUUUCCCCACAGCAACCCGCUCUGCAGAGAAACACCGUGUCACCAGGGUUACCACAGCGACCAGCCAGUGCAGGUGCUCUGUUAGGGGGAGACUUGGGGAACUCUAAUGGAGCAUGCCCGAGUCCAGUUCCUAAUGGCUACAUCAGUGCCAGGGCCUCCCCAGGCCUCCUCUCUGUAUCCAAUGGCAACAGCCUGGGGAAAGUAGUCCCGGCUAAGUCUCCACCUCCACCCAGCCCUCAGAUGGUCAACAGCCGUAAGCCGGACCUGAGGGUCAUCACCUCACAGAGUGGCAAGAGCCUCAUGCAGCUGACUGAGGAAGAGCUGGAGUUGGUGAGUGAGAAUGCUCAACGGCUAGGCGGCUCCCAGGUGGCACAGCCACUCACCACACCAGUGGUCUCCGUGGCAACACCCAGUCUCCUAGCGCCCUUCUCCGGCAUGCAGACGGCCUACAACACUGAGUACCAGCUGACGAGCGCAGAUCUCACAGCGCUCCAGACGUUCACGCCACCGGGGCUGGUGCCUGGCAACAUGGCUGCUUGGCAACAGCAACAGCAACCAACAGUCUCUCAGCAGCAACAACAGCAACAGCAACAGCAGCAACAGCAACUAAGCUUGGCAUCACUCAGCAACUUGGUCAUGUGGGGUGCAGAGAAACAGAAUGCGGAGAUGGUUAACUGCAUCUCCAAUUUUGCUGCUAACCUGAGCUUGGCUUCUCAGCCCAACUUGCUCUUUGGUAGGGAGGAGGGCCUCUGCUGGCAAGUGGGAGUACAGGGUGCCGCGCUGACAGUCAACACAAACCCCAACGUCAACAUCAAGUCCGAACCAGUCUCACCAAAUCGUGACCGCAGCACUCCCAUCUCCACCAGUGGGGUGGCUGGAGGUGGAGUGGGCCAGAGUCAACUCCAGGGACAAGGUCUGGUGUCCAUCGCCUACCCUGGUACUCUGCGUCUUGAAGCGGGAGGCCAAGGCCGCUCACCUGUUGACAGUCUCAGCAGCAACGGCAGCUCAUAUGAAGGCAGCGACCGAGACGAUGGCACCCAGGGUCGAGGCGGGGGUCUGGACUUUCACCACCAGGUCGGCGCCGGAGCCCAGCAGCCCACCAUGGUCCUUCUGCGGCCCUCAUCAGCAGAGCCUCAAGAACAGGAUGGGACCAACGUCAAGAGAAUGAGACUGGACACCUGGGUCACAUAAACGGAUCGAUGGACAGAUGGAGGAUGGAGAUGUGUACUUGUGGAUUGUGUACAUGCCCCACCAGCUCCAGCAGCCCCAAUAUCCACAUUGCAUACGCACAGACAAAAACCACCCACCACCAACCCAGUAACCUGCUGUCUACACAGUAAACCUCACAUGGAUACAUACACAACACAAGCAUGCUAGCAUACUCGCACACGUGGACACUCACUCGUAUGGCAAUGUGCAUUCACGUUUGAACUGUAAUGUGUUCUCACUGACAUACACCAAACCCAACAAGACCAGGAAUUAUUUAUCAAAAAAAAGACCAUGCUGGACAUCAUUCAGCUGGAUUCGGAUAGAAGUGAAUGAGUUUGUAAUCAGGCUACAGUGGUUAGGAACUGUGGCCUGAUUAAAUUUGGUCACAUGGACUUCUUGACAGUUUCUGGAAAAGCAGACAAGCCAGACUUGGUUUCCCAGCAUGCCCCUGCCAUGAUUCACGGCUGGUGGCAAUCUCUCACCUUCAUAUCUUUACUGUCUGUUUAUCCACAGUAGGUUUUGAUCAAAUAUGACAGCGCUGUAUUAAAACGGUGCCACAAAACGAGUCCACAUCGAUGUACACAUCCGCCCAUCCACAGUUGUAUUGCUAUCACUCUAGAUUUUUGUUUGUUUUCUAAGAGGAGCAGCUGUGCUCUUUUUUUUUUUUCUUCUUCUUUUUUUUAAGCGUGGAGUUUUGUCCCUCAGUCUUGACUGUUGACAUUUAGAGUUUGGAUUCAUUUUGAAUAUGAAGACACUAAAAGAAUAACUUGCCUCCCUUCUCAGUCAAGUCGGCGGCUCCGUCAACAUGGCCGGCAUUUGGUCCUCUACAAGAAUGGCGACCACCAGGGGUCUUUAUUUAAUCAGAACCACGCAGACCAGCUGUAAAACGAGGAACGUGAUUUGUUGCCGAGGUAAAAGACUGCUUUUCUUUGAAUCAGGGACGAGCUGCCACAGCUCAACGACACAUGACGCAGAUUCUCCUCGUUUCGCCCACAUCGUGUCAACUACAGAUGCUGAGAAAGGUGUGUGUUUGGUUUGUGUGUGUGCGUGUGUGUGUAUACGGGUUUGUUACCUCAACUGGUUGUGUUUUCUUUAUUGCUUUUUUUUUUUUUUUUUUUUUUUUAAACGAAGUAAAUUUGGAUAAAUCUUCAUUUUCAAUUUCAUCCUUGAACACACACCUGCAACGCACACAGGUGAAAUUAUUUUUGUGAGCAAUUCAUGUUUUGAAUAGAUAGCUGAUGUUCAAAGAGGAGAAUCGUGAGGUACCAUGUAUAUAAGCAAUCUGUAACCUUUGUGGCUUUUGUGUGACAGGGAUAAGGUUUUUUUUUCUUUUGAAGGUUAAAAAAUAAAUCAUAUUCAAGUAUAUAUUUAAACAGCUUCAGGCGGUAGCAAGGGCAGCUCUGCAUCUGGGGCAAGAGACUACACCAGACGACAGGGAUUGUAUAUAUAAACUAUAUAUUCGGCAGGAUAUCCCUUAAGGAAGUGGAAAAAAAAAAACAAAAACAAACAAACAUUGAUUCUCAGUGGAUCUGUCUCUUUUAUAUUAUUAUUAUUUAUGUGUGUAUAUAAAGUGUAAUAUGUGGACGAGCCCAGAGAGGGUGUUGUAGAGGCAGGAAGGGAAGACGUAGCCGUGGUGACUCGGACUGUUUAGAGUGAGCAAUGAUUAGGACUCUGUCGCUGAUGGAGGGCACUUUACCUUAACUCCCACCUCUGACACGCACGCACAGCACGCACACACUAGAGUUAGACUGAUGUUUUUGGCUGGAUAACAACCUAAAAAUGGCAGGUACAUGUAACAUAUUGCAAUUUUUAUUUAUUUCUCAAAAUUCUCUUUUGAUGUAGUUUAAUUUAAGUAAUAUACAAGCUAUAGUAAGGGUCUCAGUCUGGUUGCCUAAUUGGAGUAAUUUAGUUAAUUAAAUUAAUAAUUCAUUAAUUGCAAUAUUAAAUAUAUUAAGUUAAUAAAUUGGUAAAUAAAUUGAAGCAGUUUUUUAAAUGAGACUUGUUAUUCCCAUUUCCAGCUCCAGAUUUUCAAACUUAAACUUUAUCAGGGUAGCUUUGCAUGACUCACAGUUCAAAUAAAUCCUAUAUAUCUUUUUUGCAGGCCCUCAGUUUAUCAACUCUGUGAAAGCAGCCUUCCCUCUCCCUUUAAGCCAACUACUUUUUAUUUUCUAAUUGCCUGCCCCUCACAAGAAAAAGACUUGGAAUAGCAGGUAGGUGGCCAUGACCAGUGCUGUGUGUCUCAAAUGACUGCAACUGCAACUGGCUUUGUAAAGAACCAAGAGUAGAAAACAAAAAUUGAAUAUUUAGGGCUGAAAGGAUUGGACAUGUUUAAUACGAGCUGCAUUCGUUGGAUAGAAAGCAAGGAAAAGGAUAAUAAGUCCAAUUUAAGGAGUUGUUUACAAUUUUUUAUUUUUUUAUUUUUUUUUUUUUAGAAGAGAUAAGUUGUAUAAAAAUUGGAACAUAACUUUCACUUAUACUUUCACUGUGUAGCACUGUCUACUUCAAAUUCAGUUACUAUUUGUCAAUCUUUCAAAGUCAUUGCUGAUGUAGUUUCAUCUUUCAAAUGAAUCUUUUAUGGAAGCAUUUAUUUGAAAACUGCUAAAAACUAAAGAUUAGUAAAAAAACUGCAAUUCCCAUUGUAUCAUUUAGCUAAAUUAAACUUUUACUGGAAUUUUUCCUCGUGCAGCGACUGCCAAAUAUUGGGUAUUUUGUGCAACUUGAUUGCAGAAAUGCAAAAGAGUAUUAUCCACUACCACCAUAUCAGUCAAACUCUAGAAUACAUACAUAUAGAUAGUUUAUGAUUAAGCAAGCCAAGGAUUUCCCUGAUCCCUCUUUUUUUCUUCUCCUUUUAGAGAUUUACCUUUUCCUCCAAUUAAAAGCCAUGUUUCUAUAUUUAAAAGGAUCUCUCCUUCGCCUGUCACUGGUUGGCUGCAGUUUUAUAUUAUGGAGAGUUUAAGAAGACUAUGAAGGAAAAGAGAAGUGAAGGAUGUAAUUUUCUACUCUAUAAAGGUGGCAACGGUUGAUUUAGGUUUUUUUUCUUUUAAACGUGGUGGUCAAAAGUGCAAAUUCAUGUAUUUAUUUUUCCUAAAAGCACUCUCAGCCUCCGUCCAUUUGCUUGUUAAAAGCACUGGCAUUUGGGUGUCGUUCGUCGCUUAGCCGGAGGUUUCAGAAUGACUCUUGAUCUUUUAAUGACUACCUCCCAAAUCCAACGCAGACUUGUCGACUUUAGGUUUUACCGCAUCCAGCCACCACAUCCUUCUCAUGGGCAGGCCCUCGUCACCUCUCUCUCACCCCUAUCACUCACUCGGUUUGUUUUUUUUUUUUUCCCUCCUCUCUGGAAGCUUAAUCUCACACACACACAGACAAACAAACACACACGCACACAUUUCAUUACACACUCCUCUUCUGUUCACUCCGUCCAUAUAACGGGUGUCAGCGCUGAAAUGACGAGUCAAAUUAUUUUGGGGUCAUUUCCAUGAGAAACACAACCACCACCCCCUCUCUCCCGACUCUAUUCGGCUUGCAGCUUCAUCUCACACACUACUGCCAUCAUCCGCCCUUCAGUUCAUCAGUGAUUUCUCAUUUCCUUUUUCUCCGUCUGUCACUCACUCACUCUCUCACACACACAAACUCACACACACACACACACACACACACACACACACACACACACACACACACACACACAUUCAUCCUCUGUGACAAGUCUGAGUGUCAAUAUUGCUUUUCUGAGUGCUUGGCAGAGUUAACAUAAAUCCCCAGAGUGUAAACACUUUGACUGUUAAGACUGUUGUGCCCUGAGCUUCGAACAAAAAAAUAAAAAGAAACAAAAAAAGUCUGCAAGUUUAUAUGUUUCGUCCAAGAAAUGAGAUUGUUUGUGAGCAGGCAGGUGAGAGCCCUCGUGAAGCCCUGACAUGUUCUUUAGAACAACACUAGGGGUCGCUGUAAUCACACAACAGACAAUCGUGCUGAGAAGCCGUUAACUUGCAUCCCCCCCUGAAAAGAGAUACAUGCUCCUGUACAAUGAUGUUUAGAAGUCUCACUCACUUUCCAGUGUUAAUUUGUGCUGGUGACAGUCUGUUUUUAAUUGUUCUCUGACAAUUGAUAUUAUUGUUAUUAUUAUAAUUAUCAUCAUUAGCACAGCCACACUGAUAGUAGCUGUCAUGAUGAUAUAGAUUUCUGCAUUUUCGUUCUUUUUUGUUGUUUUUGUUUUUUGUUUUUUUGUGUAGGAUAGGUCUCUUGUUUUCUUUGGAAUUUUAUUUUAUUAUAUAAGAAUAUUCUAUAAAUAUAUUUUUGUUUUCAUUUUUUGGGAUUUUUCUUUCUUCUUCAACAAGGGUGUUACUAAUGUUGCACGAUUUUUAUGACAUGUAACAAGCAACACACGAGUAGUGAUAUUAGUUUCCACGUGUGGCUGUGGAUGGAGGCGCUGAUUAAGUCGACAAAUCGCUUCAAUGCUGCAAAACUUUGAGUCCAAUGUACAAACCUCUUGAGUCUAAAGGGGGUGGGGCAGCGUGACACGUCUAACUUAUUUCUGACCAGACACAAUUAUGUCAAUGCAUGGGCGUUUCAAAACAACAGAAGUGUGAAUCAUGUUAUAGGAAAUAAAAUGUAAUAUUGACACAAAAACACAUCACACAGGAUUACAUUAAAAGAAAAAAAGUGAAAUCAAAGAAAAAAAAAGUUUAAAUAAAUUAUAGCUAAUAUAUUGUGUUCGGCUAGUCUGCUUUUUUGUUGUAAAGAAUUUUUUUUUGUUGUUUUUGGAGAAUGAUAUACAAUUUGUGUAUAUUUUCAUAAAUAAAGUAUGCACUGAUAUGUUAUUACAAAUUCUAUACUGCUUUUACAAAAAAAAGUGUUUGUUAUUGUACCAAAGUAUCCAUUGGUCCCCUCUUACCCUCCCCUUUUUGCGUAUGUUUUACCGUAUUUUAUAUAUUAAAUAGACAAGUUGACCUACAGAAAAAA